AUGAAGGAUUCAAAAGGGAAUUUUGUUUUUAUAGUACUAUCUUUUGGACUUAGUAAAACUCCAUUCAUCAAGAAAAAACCUGAAAAUGCAGAUAUGUUAAGAAAAUUACCUUAACAUGAUUUUAAGCAGAUAAAGUAGGUCUAAUUUUUAUCAGUAAAAGUCAUUCAUAAAAACAAUAGUUAUUUAGAAAGGGGAGCUGAAAAUUUCAGGAGAAAUAAUUCAGGCAAUAUAAGUAUUUUAAAUUAAUUAGGGAGAGCAGAGAAAUUUUAAUUGCAAUUAUUGGCCAUGCGAAAUCCAUAUUCUAUCAUUCAGAUUAUGAUGAAGAUAUGGUUGUUGAGUUUUCUUCAGUCAUCCUAAUUGUUUCAUGCUGCCAUUAAAGUUUUGGAGGAUAAGAAAUAGGAGAAAUUAAAGAACCUCCUAUCAGAUAACUGUUUAUUUCCUAAAUGUAAAUUGAAAAGAAACAGAUAAAUAAGUGUAAGUGAGAGACACAAAAUUAUAAAGGAAAAUGUCUAACACUUGAUAGUGUUUACUAUUUCCUCUGGCCGGAUAUAUAUAUAUAGGUAAAUGACAAUCUGAAGAAAUUUAGAUGGAAGUGA